AUGGAAGUAGAAGUGACUUCUUCUGAAGAACUAGCUAACAUUUUUGAAACAAAGGACAUCGAAGAGGAUGAAGAACUAGCCAACAUAUCUGAAACGAAGGACAUGGAAGAACUCACUACCAAAAAAAUGUCUUCCCUUGAAGUAUUAGGCUUCUUCCUGUGUGCAAGGGAAAAAGUCAAUGGCAAAGUUUUAUAUGACAUACUUAAAAUAAGCUAUGAUGCUUUAAAUGAUGAAGAGAAGGCUAUUUUCCUUGAUAUUGCAUGUUUCUUUGUUGGAAAGGACAAAGAUUAUGCUACCCAAGUAAUUGGAUGUAGUAAUUUAUGCCCAGACAUUGGGAUUGAAGUUCUCAUCGAUAUGCCUCUUGUCAUGAUAGAGAGCAACAAGCUGAGAAUGCAUCACUUGAUCAAGAAAUACGUAAGCAAAUUGUCCACCAAGAAUCCCCUGAAGUUGGUAAAUGCAGUAGAUUAUAUUUUCAUCGUGGUGCUUGGAUGA